AUGACGCCGCUGUUCAGCAGCUUUCAGCAAAACUUUCUUGUUAUGCUGGAAAAUCUUUCUCUCACCGAGGAGCAAGCAGCUUUCGUGAACGGCCUCCUGGAUUCGUUUGUAACGUACCUGCUCAAGGUAGUGGCAUCGAUUCUGGACGGGCCAAUAGACUACGUAAACAUAGCCUUACAGUUUGGAAUUAAAGUCCCGUUUUUAGAUCACAACGAUAACUGUGCACAAGGAGAUCUAAAGCAGCUAAUUAUGUGGGGACUGAGGCACAACGUGAGCUGGUCUUUGAGCCUUCCGUUCAUCGACGUCCUCCUGGAAAUCUUGCUGCCCUCAGCYCAGUUACCGUACAUGUUUCCAGACGAGAGCUGCCAAAGCCCCUCCACUGACCCCGCCCAAAGCAGCUCCUCGAAUAAUAACUCCACUAAAUUUCACCUUGGGUCUUUGUGCAAUUCCAGCAGUCUGGCCGCUCUCAAUGAGACGGUGUGUGCUGACGUCCUCACGGGUUCGGCAGACGGAUCGUCCACAUCUCUGCUCGCCUUCUGCCAGGCCCUGAGCUCACUCAGCAGCCGCCAGAUCGAGCUCYCCUGGAGGAACAUGUGUAACACGAUUCAAGCUCUGGUGUCCCCGCUUGCUGCCGCUUCAUCUGACUGUUUUGAGGUCCCACAGCCGUCUCCUGCGGCCACGUCUCUGUACGGGUCCUCCUCUGCACCCGUUCGCGUGGCCAGAGCAGCAUCGAACAUCCAACAGCCGGCCUGCAACUACAGCAGCUGGUUGGGGAAUGGCGCCCAGAARGCUUCCCUCGUGUCCCUGUGCAGCAACAACGACCGCACGGAGUUUGUGAAGCGUGUUUGUAACAACUCCCUGCUGAUGAAGACGCUGCUUUCAGACCAGAUUAACAUCUGGCUGUACGGAUACUGUGCUAACUCGUCUGCAGACCCCGGAUACAUGGUGGGCCAGUUCUGCGUGUACCAGCAGUGGGUGGAGCAGCUCCCUCAGCCAGUGGACCCUGCCCUGCUGAGGUUCUGCCUGAGCCUUGAUGGUCCCAAACUGAACACUCUAAUCUGUGAGAACACUGGGUUCUUUAUGGUUCUCUUCUCCAACCCAGACAACUGGCCGCUCAUGCCCAACUGCUCCAAUGUAGUCCUUCCACAGAUGUUCACCAACCCCCCGUUAAUGCUGGAUUCUUGUAAAUACUCCGACUGGCACGAUGUGAUGCAAAUCACCACAGACAUUUUGACAAAGUGCAUCCUCUACGAUCAGAUUGGUUUCUUGAGUCAGGUCUGUUCGAACAAAACGUUUCUGAAUGGUCUUCUUCUCAAUCAAGACACUGCGUGGGUGGGGGACCACUGCAGCACAUCUCUGAUUGUUCCGCCGAUGCCCGCGCCAACCUUUGACCCGAUUGCGUGGUGUGACUACCAGUCGUGGGGAGACCGGCACGUGGACGAAUCCAUCGUGGCCUUCUGUUGGCAGUACGAUCAGCAGAGCUUUAAUCAGAGUGUCUGCUGCAAACUGACUGUUUUACAAAAGCUGCUGGAAAACCCUCAGAACCAGUGGCUUAUAUCAGACUGCACCACCAUGGAGGUAAUAACGGUCACUCCACAGAUAUGCAGGUACCCUGACUGGACCCUACCCAUCAUUGUGGACAUGACUGAGGUUGCUCUCUGCGCUGAGAUAGACCCGGUAAACUUCAGCUCCAAAGUCUGUGCUAACAAUACAGUCCUCCAGAACCUGCUGGCCAAUCAGGACAACAUCUGGUUAAUAAAAUACUGUAACAGUUCAAGCAGUAUCCCUCCUGGCCAGACUGCAUUUAAACCCUCUGAGCAGUGUCAGUACUCCAAGUGGGCCUCAUCUGUUCCGAAUGCGAACCUCUUGAUUCAGUGCUGGGAGCGAGACCAGGCCAAUUUUGUGUUCGCUGUUUGCCCAAAUUCUGUUCUCCUCAUGUUGUUGUCCAAGGAGACGUCUAAAGCGUGGGUGAGCACAAUGUGUAAGACAUACACUAACUACACAGCUUUAAUGAAUGGCACUGUGUCACCAAUCAAUGGCACUACGUCACCCAGCAGCAGCACCACAAUGCCACCCAGAAUCAGCACAACAUCAGCCAAUAAUGGCACCACAACCCCACCCAUUAGCAGCACUACCACGACAAAGCCUGAUUUUUGUUUAGCAUCAAAGCUGAUGAAACAGUUUAACUGGAGCUGCCCGAACAGCUUAAUCUUCGACUGCCAGCCCUGCGUGACUCAGAACAUGUUCCUGCAGAUGAUAGUGCGCUGUUGGGUGGAGAGUAUGAGCUUCAAGAUGGGGAAUCUGCUGACUCUACCUGUGACUAAAGUGCUGGAUCAAACUGUCAGCGCUGCUGUGGUGAUCAUGUUGGCAAUGGAAGACAUCAACAGUCCAUGGCACAUCAAUGCCACCAUAAGGCCAAGUGUACUUCAAGCUUUAGCCGACUAUUUAAAUAAGGAAACCAGCCAAGAUGAUAAAAGGGUACUACUGCAAUGUUUUGGGACGUUACUCGGUGGUUUGCUGCAGACGACCAGAGGCCUGAGCACUGAUGACCUGCUUCUCAUCAAGGAGUACUUCAAGUUACCUUUGAACAGCCUGAGGUCAGUGCUGGCUUUGACCAGUGACAGCAUCGCCAGACUGAUUCUUCAAUACUACGCCGCUUUUAAAAACACCCUGCAGGUGUCCAAUGAGUACCUGUCCACCAUGGUGUCAGCGCUACUCCAAACCCACCUGGCAACAAAUAAGAAGCUCCUCCUGGAACUAGCCCCCCUGCUGCCUGCAGCCAGUCCAGCUGACAUCCAAUCGCUGCCCCCUGUGCAGAACGACGUCACUGUGCGAGACGUCAUCAACAGAAACCUGGGCAGGAUGAACCUGGACCAGCAAGAGGCUUUUGGUUUGUGGUACAGCCAAGGUCUGUUCUCCACCAACAUCACCGGUGGGGUUCAAUCAGUCAUCAGGGACACCGGGAACCUGAUCGCCUACCUGCCCUUCCAGACCUUCCAACAGCUCUCUGCUGCUCAGCUGUUGGACGGGUUGGACGUUUUACUGAAAAACACCCUCACUUUAGUAAAACAGGAGUUCAUUGCAAACAAAAUCAUCGGGACCUUCAAGAACCUGACAGCUCAGGACUUUGUGAAGUAAGAACCAACCAUCGGAACAUGCUGGGAAAUCUCACAUGCCUGGCUGACCCAAAUGA